AUGCUGUUCUUUUUCUCCACCCUUCUGGUCAUAUACGCCCUCACAUGGACUGCUAACUUACUUUUGAUAAGUUCUAUUAUACUUUCAUCACAGUUGCACACACCAAUGUACUUUUUCUUAGGGAACCUGUCAGUCGUGGACAUCUCCUUCUCUACAGUGACGGUUCCCAAGUUAUUGUCCUGCAUUCUUCGAGGAGGAACCUCCAUCUCCUUCCUUGGCUGUUUCCUGCAGAUGUACUUCUUUGUGCUUCUGGGCACCAAUGAGAGUCUUCUCCUGUCAGUCAUGGCAUUUGAUCGAUAUUUGGCUGUUUGUAUCCCCUUACGCUAUGUGUCAUUGAUGAAUGAUAAGGUUAUGCUCAUGAUGAAUUUCAGUUGCUGGAUGGCAUCUUCUCUGAAUUCAUUAGUGCACACCUAUAUUCUGUCACAAUUAAAAUACUGUGAGGACAGACUAAUCCACCACUUCUUCUGUGAUGUGACAUCACUUAUCAAACUGUCCUGUUCCAGUACUACACUAGCUGAGCUCCUAAUAUAUGCCGAAGGUUCUAUACCUAUAAUUAUUCCAUUCCUUUUGAUACUUAUCUCCUAUGUGCUCAUUGCAUUAACUAUAGUGAAAAUAAAGACCAGCAGUAGCCGAAGCAAAGCCUUCUCCUCCUGUUCUUCUCAUCUCAUGGUCAUAUCCUUGUUCUACGGCACAGUAACAUUCAUUUACAUUCGCCCACCAUCAAACUACUCCUCCCAGUAUGAUCGCCUCGUUAGCAUGGCUUACACUAUCAUUACUCCUAUGUUAAAUGCUUUUAUUUACAGCCUAAGGAACCAAAAUGUAAAACAGGCUAUGAAGAAACUCAUUGUGCGAUGUUUUUCUCCUAGCUAA